AUGGAUUUAACUGUGGACAAAGACAGGACAGCAGCCAUGUGGCAGAGUGGCUUUUCUCCUGGAUCUCAUGUAAUGAAGAGAUAUGUGGUGCAGCAGGAGCUCGGCAGCGGGUCUUUUGCUACUGCGUAUUUGGUGGCUGAUUUAAAAGACAGGGAAUCUCAGAAAGUCAUCAAGAGAAUCCCAUGCAAUACCAUGAGAGGAGACGCCACACUUCCUUCAGCUAGAGAGGCCAAACUUCUAGGUAGCCUCAGGCACCCCUCCAUCGUCCAGUUCUUCGGAAGUUUCCUGGAGAAAAAAGAUUUCUGCAUUGUUACAGAAUACUGCGAGGGCGGAGAUCUUCACUGUUACAUCCAGGAGCAGAAGGAGAGAGGUGAGAACUUCAGUGAAGGACACGUCAUGGAAUGGUUCAUCCAGCUACUUCUGGGAGUGAACUAUCUUCAUGAGAGGUUAGUUCUGCACAGAGAUCUGAAGACGAAAAACAUUUUCUUGAAGGACGGGAUACUGAAAAUUGGUGACUUUGGCGUGUCGCGGAUUCUUGCCCCAUCCGAUAUGGCCACUACUAUAACAGGAACUGCUUACUACAUGAGCCCAGAGGUAUUCUCUAACACAGGAUACAACACAAAGUCCGAUAUCUGGUCUCUGGGCUGUAUUCUCUAUGAAAUGUCUUCUCUCGCACGUGCCUUUGAUUGCCCGAGAUGGAUCAAGCUCGUCUCCAUGAUUGUGAAUGGUCCCAGUCCUACUCUUCCCCCAAAAUAUUCUGCAGAGCUCAACGACAUCCUGCAAAGAAUGCUGAUGAAGAACCCGGAGCUUCGCCCAAGUGCCGAAGAAAUCUUACAGUUUCCUUAUGUAACGCACAGAGGACAGGUUCUCUCACAAUGGCUGCAGGAGGUGAUCCGUCAAGACAGAAAAGACUCAGUGGAUGAAGAUGUCACCAGGAUCGCAGCUGCCAUGCAAGAGAAGCUCCAUCUAGAUAGUCUACAGGCUAUGAGGGUGGUGCAGGAGAUGGCUCCUCGUCAGCGGAGAAGAAUUCGUCACGAAGAUGAGCCAGAGACUCGUAUGCUGAAGUUAAAAAGAGCGGUUGAAAAAGUUUACGAUGAGAAUCGGCAAAGAAUGGAGCACAACAGGAGAUACAAAGCUAAUGAUGAUGUCCUUUGGGUGGAGGACAGGACUUCAGAGGAGAAAGACAUUUGCAGUGAGGGGGAGGACAGCGAAGAAGAGGAGUCCACUGAUGGGUCAGUUCUCACAAUCUCUUUGCCCUUGUCAGAGCAGCAGAGUGGUACAUUACGUGCCUACCAGAGCUGCCUGCAGAGGUUCCUGGACUCCAGCAGUGACUCCACCGAAAUUCAGGAAUCGGUUCCUUGGGAUUCAGAGGACACAACUGUAUCUGUCUGCAGCGAGCAGGAAAUUGCACUUCUCAGACAGGAAUGUGUUCGGCUGCUGGGAGAAGACGCCUUUCUGGAAGUUUACAAUUACUGGAAACAAGUCUGCAACCAGCAGGAUUCGGACACUGUGGAGAUAGAAGACGAGACUCUGCGCGAACCUCAAGUCAUGAAGCUGCGUCCUGAUCCCUGCUACAAAGUGCAGCAGCUCCUGUUCUUAGAAGAACGGAUAGAAGCGGAGUCCCCGGAGCCCUCCUUUACAUGGCUAUAGGGCUUUAUUUUUAAGUCACGUCUACGUUGCGUUCAUACUGCGGUCCUGAACUAAUCAGUCUUUGAAGUUGCCCAUAGAUGUGAAAUAUGGUUUCCUAUAUUACCACAAGAAUAUGUGUCUGCUGUAUUACUGUCAGUGCAAUACUUAUAUCUCCGGAGCCACAGAUACAGAUUGU